GUACUACCCAUCAUUCCCAUGCUCGUUGAAGUGCCGUGCGUUGCAGGUAUUACAGGUGUGCUGUGGUGGUGGGCGUACAUUCCGACUUCGAGUGGCCUGCACUGUACUUCUGUAGGAGUUCCAAGGACUGUAACUGUACGUUGACUGUCUUUUCGCUUGAGGACAUGGUGAAAAAAAUUGUCGCAAAGUCUUUCGAAGAGUUUCAAGCUGCAAUCAAGUCUUUAAGACCCAAAGACACGAAAGAAAAUCAGGAUUUGGUGCUGUGUCUCUUCACAGGAUCGGAAGAUGAUAGCGGCAAAAGCUGGUGCCCUGACUGCGUUGCAGCAAAACCCAUUCUGGCAGAAGCACUGGAAAAGGCUCCAAAAGAAACGACACUGAUCACAUGCUAUAUUGAAAGAGCAAUCUGGAAAGACUUGAAGAACCCAUUCAGGACUGACAAAUCUCUCAAUUUGAAGUGUGUACCAACACUGAUGCGAUGGGGAACAGCUCAGAGGCUGGAUGACACGCAGUGCCAGAAAAAGGACAUGGUUGAGAUGCUCCUUGAAGACUAAGUGCAUGAACAAAGCUUGUACCUAGAAUGUCUGACUUUGCGAUGAUGCUUGUCCGUCGCUUGGUCCCUGCAAGAAAUAAUGAUAGUGUUCUGCCUCUUUAACUGCUCCAGAAAUUGCAAACAAGUCCAGUUUUUAAAAAAAUGUUGACAGCGUAUAAAAUGAUUAAAAAAAGACGAGACAACAGAGGCUUUGCGAUAAGAAGAGCGUUUAUACAAGGCAAGGAAGCGCUCUUUACCUCUGUUGUCUCGUCCUUUCUUGAUGUGCUGUUUGAAUUGAAACAAGUCCAGCAUAUGGCUAUAAAGCAUUAAAGCAUCCUUCUGCAGGAAAUGCACUUCAAUGGAGGGCUUAGCUACAUCACUGGCAAUUCUUGGAACUACCACAGAACUCGGAUCAAGUGACAUGAUUACGGUUCCAAAUCCAAGCCACACAAAACAAGAAGUGGGGUUCCAUCGCAUCAACAAGAGGGAGCAAUGGCAGAGCUCGCUCAUUAUGCAUGGAUCUCCUGGAGGCAUGGACAGUUAACAUGCCCACAAAUAAAGUGAUGCAAAAAAUCUUUUUUGUAGAACACCCCUUCAGUACAACUUCCAAUAAAAUGUAGGACAGGGCUCUCCGAACAUCUUAAACCGUAGGCUAUGCACUGGUAUGAGGUAGACAUAAAAUGGUUUGUGGAACAGACACUUUUUUUGUUCACAGUGGUGCCAAGACUGUCGGUGAGUUGUCUACACAUCACACCCCUCAAAGUAAACGGGAGAGAAGCAAUGUCAUGGCAUCCACGUUUUGAGUAAUGGCUACAUAACCAAGAAAGAACAAAUAUUAGCAGUCUUGUCUAUCUGUUCAGUGGAAUAGGCAAAGUAAGAUUUUGUGGCAUAAGCCUGCUCACAUAAAGCGGGAUUCUGCAUGAGCAAGCUGUACAUUUCACUCUGACAUUUUUGGAAGGCAUGGGUGCAUGCAUGCGGUGACAUCGGCCAGGUUAUUUUGGGGUUUGUAUUCACCUGCCAUAUUCGUACACUCACUGUUCCGUUGAUGCGUGUGUGCCUUUACUCGUUCUGUUAGAUAAAGCUCAGUGAAGAGUUA